ACGCAGCGGUUCAUUCAUCUGCUUCCAGAGAGAGAGGUGAGUUAACGCGAAGGUUAUUUUACAUAAGGGAACAACUGUUUUGGAGCAAAACACCGCCGCGAGAAUAGCUGGAAAGAAAAAGAGAGGCUUUUGUUUUCUGGCUGAAAGGAGCUUAAUCUUCUUCCACACGUUACAGGAGGUGAGGCAUCAUGGGGAAACACAACAGCAAGCUGGCUCCAGAGGUCCUGGAUGACCUGACCAAGAACACUGAAUUCAAUGAGGCAGAGCUCAAGCAGUGGUACAAGGGCUUCCUUAAAGACUGUCCCUCUGGCAUUCUGAACCUGGAGGAGUUUCAGCAGCUCUAUGUCAAGUUUUUCCCAUAUGGUGAUGCUUCCAAGUUUGCUCAACAUGCGUUUCGGACGUUUGACAAAAAUGGCGAUGGGACCAUCGACUUCAGAGAGUUCAUUUGCGCCCUGUCCAUCACCUCCAGGGGUAGCUUUGAGCAGAAACUCAACUGGGCCUUCAACAUGUACGAUCUAGAUGGAGAUGGAAAGAUCACACGCAUGGAGAUGCUGGAGAUCAUUGAGGCCAUCUACAAGAUGGUAGGCACAGUGAUCAUGAUGCGUAUGAACGAGGACGGGCUUACCCCUCAGCAGCGUGUAGACAAGAUCUUCUCCAAGAUGGACAAGGACCAGAACGAUGAGAUCACCUUGGAAGAGUUUAAAGAGGCGGCCAAAUCCGACCCUUCCAUUGUCCUACUGCUGCAGUGUGACAUGCAGAAGUAGACUGGGAGGGGUGGGGAAACAGAGCGAGGGUAAUAGAGUUGAACUGAAAUUAGAGAAGGAAGGAGGCUGAGAGAACAGUGAAGUAGGAGGAGAAACGGAGGGAUGCUGCUAGAGAGAGGAGGAGGAGAAGGAGAGAGGCAGGGAAUCUUUCUUUCCCCCUUUUUCUGAGGUAGUGAUGUCUGGAAAUAAGCCAUGUUUGGAACACGGAGGCCCCCUGAUUGAUGCCAUUCUUUUAUCCUGGCCGCCCUGCUGUGCAGCUCUCCUGCAGCUCUUCUGCUUCAGUCUAGCUGAGCGUCUUUAUAAAUUCAGCCCGAUCUGUGGAAAGUGGAAAUCCCUCCAGCUCUGUUUAGCGCAGAUCAAAGAAAUAAAAUAGAGAUUUACAUAGGAAAUAGUCUCAUUCAGAUGUUCAUGCUGUCAGGCUCUGUGCCUAGUGUGCAAUAUUACAAGGCUGCACCACGACUGAAGUAUAAAGAUCAGCUAUCUUUUUUUAAUCUUUUAUUUGUGUAACAUGUAAACUCUUUUCAAGACUUACAACAUGUAAAUGUAAAGUAGCUUAUGUCCAAAUUAUGUAAGCUAACAAAUAAUAUUGACAUCACUCUUUAUGGAGUCAAGAGAUGCUAGCUUAGCAUAGCAUGUAAACUGAUAACCAGGGAGACAGCUAACCUGGUUACAGUUUUACAGUGGGUUUUGUCGAGUCUUAAGCAACAUUUUUCAUGUAUCAAAUACUUUUUAUUUGCCAAUGUCUCAGAAGCCUUUAACAGCCUAUGGAAUGACUUUAAUGUGAAGAAUUUAGGACAAUUUGGCAUGAAAAUCCAUUAAAUAAUCCCCACGCAACAUCGACAAAUGACCAACUCUCGGAACGAAAUAGAAUACAACACAAACUCCAUAUUAGGACAACAAAAAACUAAAGUGUCUUAUUUUGCUAGUGGCAACAUUAGCAAGCAAGCAAGCUACAGUUAGCUAGCUGGGUCCCAAGCACUAAUACACAACAUGAAUAACUUAAUCUGCAGUAAUAGUUAACACAGAGGUGGUUAGCUGGCUACCUAGCUACACAAUAUAGCUUUGGUUUCCAAGUGUUACUGUAAUUAUAAUACUCUUAAUAUAUACAGUACACAGUCCCACAUAUUAGUACAAGAACAUCUCAUGUAUGUCCCUUUAUUGUAUUGGAACAUUCUAGCAUGAACACACCCAAAUGUGAGAAACACAGUUUAGGUAAUGACUGGAAGUGUUUCCGUGUUUGGACAGAGCCAGGGUAGCUGUUUCCCCCUGAGUCCUUUGGCUAUGCUAUGCUAAGUGUCGCAUGGCUGUAGCUUACCCUAGAGACAUUAGAGGGGUAUUAAAUGAGCACAGGGUGAACAGUGGUGCAGUGGUUAGCACUUCACAUCGCAGUAAGUAGGUUCCUGUUGGGGCCAUCCUGUGUGGCUUCUCUUAAGGUACUCCGACUUCCUCCCACAGUCAGUGUUGUUCUGCGUUGGUCGUAGGGGCAAAUGUGAGUGUCACUGGUUGUCUAUCUCUCUGUUUUUGCUCCAUAGUAGUCUGGCAACAUGUGCAGGGUGUGCCCUUGUCUUUUUCCCUAAGAUAACUGGAAUAGACUCUAGUCCUCCCAUGAACCUCAGUUGGAUAAGUGGUUAAGAAAGUGGAUGAAAAAAUUAAAAUGUUGCUUUAAUAUCUAAUUAGAUCCAAGUAUAAGCUCGGAAAACAGCUCAACAGCCCAUGUUUAGAUGAUAUACUCUAUGGGCUGUUUUGUUUUAUAUUAGACCAAUAAGGACCUGUUGAACAUUAAGAAAGAUGUAAUGUGUUGCUAGAGGGAGAGAGAGUUGUAAAUGAAAGGUACUCUGUGUGUUUGUCUUUUAUGGUGUCCCAACGUGUGUAUAUGAAUUCAAGUAUAUGUUUGUUAGGAGUAAACACACUUCAUAAAGCCAGGUCAAACCACCCUGUCUGCAGGUGUUCAUUAGUGCUUUUACAGCCAAACACACAGCCAGUUAUAUGGCAGUAAUACAUUACAGCACAGUGUCCACAAGCUUUAGCCUUUAAAUAUGAGGCAGGGAGGUGAUUUGAGUCUCAGCAUGGUGAGGCAUACUGAUGUACUGCUCAGUGACUUGUGGCUGCGUCUAAAGGUUUUCCAUAUUCGAUUGAAAAAAUCAAUAUGUAAUCAGAAAGGUUAACAUACAUUAUGUUUUCAUAAAAGGUUAAUAAUCAAGUUAAAUUUAAUUUUAUCUCCUAGAUAAUAUAAUCAGACCUUUUUUGAGCAGAUGCCCCCUUCAUGGCCUGCUUUAUAAUUAUUUUAUGCAAUGAUGUCUUGACAACUGACAGUUACAUCCGCCUGCCAUUUGCUACCACAUGUAGAAAUAUAAGAUAUUUUUAUGGUUUCUAUUAGCUCUGUGAUUGCAAGGGUUUUUUACUGCCAGAAAUAUGCAUGUGCUCUUUUUUGGUGCAUAUUUCUCUGUAAUUAUCACUCUUAGUGGCUACAGUCAUUGUAAAAAAAUAACUUCCUCUUAAAUUGUUUUUUUUUUAGAGUAAAAAAAUCCCAAAUCUUUACUUACCUGUUUAAUCAGGACCUUUUUGGGUCUGCUUUGAUAUAAUUAGUAGUUUGGCAGCAUAGAGCACCCUGAGAAACACAGCUGUAAGAUUCAGCUGCUCUUUCAUUCAUUAUUUCAUUAACAAGUUUAAUUUUAAUACUAUUAGAUUUUGUUAAGUCUGGUUUGUGAGGACUGUUUUGUCUAAUAAUGGACAGAAACUACAAUAUCUGGCAUUUUCUGUUGGCUGUUAAAGUACCUUUAGCUUGCUUACUGUUGCUGCUACAUCUGCAAGCUGCUUUGCAACCCACCUCUAGCCCAACACUAAUGCCAUGUCAAUGUCGUGUGCUUUGUUCUGUACCAAGGGUCUGGUUGCUCCUCUCCACUAAUGUGCAAGGAAGGAUAGGAGAUCCUAAAAAAAAAAGACCCCAAAUAUGCUAAAUAUAAAUCACUGUAUUUGGGAAUAAUCUUUUUUUAAAAUAGUCCUGAAUGAAAUAAAAAAACAUGCAUCUUGAUAUAAAACAUCCUUCUCUGAGACCAGCAAUUUGAGCCGCAGGAGGAGCGAGUGUAGCAGCAUGGAGUCGGGAUAAUCAGGACGGUAAUUGCAGGCCUUAUGACACAAACGGUAUUUCUCAGAAAGGCCAAAGCUGCCUCCAUGAUUCACUGUUGUUUCACAUUAAAAGCUGAAACGGGCAUCCCCUCUCCUCCUCUCCCCCCUUUUUGUCUUCUUCCUCUUUAAAUGUCAGGGAGGAAACGCUUUGAUAAUAGGUGGAGGGGGGAGGAACUUUUCUGAACUCAGCUUAGAUCUAAAAUCAAUGUGAAAGAGAGCAAAACGCUGAAGUGAAUAUGAAUGAAAGCAGGUAGCCAGGAGGGGAAUUACUGUAGAUAACUCAUGUUUGCAGUGGUGCACAGACAUGAGAGUGGUAUCAGUCUUGUUUAAAUCUCAGUAAGAAAAUAAAUGUUCCCCCUCAAAAUUAAAAACUGUUAUUGUCACAGUUUAAGUGGCUGAUUCAUCAGUCUUGAAAUCGAGCUGAAGGAAGUAAAUACUACAGUGGCCUUUUUAUUAGUUAAAAAAAGAAGAAGAAAUAAUGGUCGGAAACCAGAGGAUGAAACAAAGUGCUAUAGCUAAAAUUACAAUCCAAUCAACGUCAUGAUCCAAACAAUCAUUAAACCCAUGUGUCUUAAAUUUUAAAAUAUAAAGAAUAAUAUCUUUUUUUUCUUUUUUUUUUAAAAGCAUGAUAGUAUCUUUCAAUUUAGCACCUCUGGAAGCCUUUAGAAGUGUCUUGAUUCUUCCAGUCACACCUUUUGCACAAAAAUAUUGUGUUCCUGUCCUGUCAGCCAAUCAGAUGACCUCCUCCUUCUCAACAUCCUCCCUCCCUAAAGCUUCAGAAAGAGCCUCCGUUGUGUGAUACUGUAACGAUAAACUUACAUGUACAUUAUAAUACGACUGUAAUCGUAUUUAUGAAUAUAAACAAAUAUAUGUAAAUGUACCACUAGCUUAGACCUAAUUUCAUAUGAUGAAACAGCUACUGUGUGUGUGUGUGUGUGUGUGUGUGUGCGUGUGUGUGUGUGAGAGAGAGAGAGACAGAGAGAGAGUGUGUGUGAAAGGGUGAGGUUAGUGUGUGCAGUGUGUGCAGUGUUUGCGCGAGUGCUCACGUGUUUUGUAUUUGUAUCAUUUGUGGAAAAAGAGAUGCCUCAGUCUAGUUUAACUUUGUAAAAAUCACCGAGUAUUAUUCCCCAUAACUACAUUUGCUUUUGUGGUCCGCUGGUAUAUAUUCAGUAUGUACUGUGCUGUCUCUAACGUGGGACAUGUUGUUUUGUUAACUUACGGUUGCAGUUCUACAGGUUUCACUCAUAUGUGGAGUUUGUUGAGCAGGGGGAACCUGAAGGUGUGAGGAGAGGUGUGUUAGUUGGAAGAAUGAUUAAGAAAUAUAGUCCUGUGUCACAGUGUCACCCAGUGGAUGAAAAUAUAAUGCCACACCUUACUGUACAGUCUCUGUUUAUGAUGUAAUGAACAUGCCGGAAGAUCAAAUGAUAAACAUGCAUACGGUUGUGUUUUUCUCCAAAGAAGUGCAGAAAUCUGAAAGUAAAUGAACAUGUUUCUCUCGGCUUGUGUCAUUGGUUUGAGUCUGUAAAGAGGCACCAAUGUGAACUUUGAUAUUUGACACAAAUAAAUGACAUCACAUUCUCUUUUAUGACAAAUACUUUUUUAUUUAAGUUUUCAGCAGAAUAUAUAUGUAUAUACAUAUAUAUAUAUAUAUGUAAUGAGUAUAUGUGGAAAAACUGGAAAAACUAUAAGUGAAUUUUACUUUAGCUCUCAUCCCUCUCCCAGAAUAUGGAGAUUUUUAGCUAGUUGCUAAUUGCUAGUCAAGAAACUAGCUAACCUACAAAGUUUACAUUCCAAAUUGCUAACUUUAUAAGUCAUCAUAGGUUAGAGGUUGUAAACAAUUUUGUUUAAGGUAACUUUGGAGAAGAGACUGGUGCUGUUAACCAGCUAAAGGACGUGGCUGCUGGUAUUUGAGAUAUCCAAACAUUCAAAUACUAGCGCUAAACUAGCUCUAAGUUUAGCUAACUGUACACUGGGUAUGUGUAAGUAAGUAUUUCCUACUGGUUCCCCAUGGCAACUUUAUUGGUGAUAAUACUACGUGUUAGUAUUGCAAUAAUGCGAUGUUGCAACCAACGACAAAAAGACCUGUCAUUGCAACUAUAAGGCUCCUGUGUGCAACUGAAACCUGUGGAUUUAAGUAAACCAAAUCUCAGUUUUCAACUCAAUUGUCGCAUUUUUUAAAAUGAAAAUUGCAGUCAGAGUAAAUUGAAAGCUGAUACACAAAAUAAUUCAAACUACACUGUCUGUCUUCUCUGGAAGAUGUUUUUGGACUUCUUUUUAAGUAAACCAGUGAAGUUAGGAACUAAAGGAAUGGCCUUGUGAAUUGUUUCCUGUUUACCCGUCCACACAGCCUAUCUGCUUUGGUGCUUAUUGCUUUGUUGUUUUGACUUGCUACAUUAUUGUCAUCAGCUUGGUUAAUCAUCCAAUUUUCUAUUGACCAAUAUGCGGUCAAAUGGUUUGAUUAGAACAGAUUGGCUCGCAAAGUGGCUUCACAGUGUGCUGAUGUCCGCUACUGAUUAGAUACCGUCCAUCCUAAUUAGCCCCACAUCGAAGCCGGGGAGCCACUUUAACUUUCAGCCCUGAGAUUUGCCGACACAAGAGGCUUUUGUUUUUGUGAUUACUUUGUCAUGCAAUGCCCAACUCAAAUAUACGUUGAAAUCUAGCCGUGCCAAGGACAGGAUAGCGUUGUGAUGACUGCUGCGGUUGUAAUAGGCACGUACACACCGAGCUCUGUGACAUGAAUAUAAAUGCUUCAUUUCGAUGGAGGCUCAUUUGUGCUCUUUUGUGUGAUCUAAUUAAAUUCAACCUUUCUCUUUGAUGUUCACAUAAAUGUCUGAUUGUCCAGUUGGAUAACUUUUUGCUUUUCUUUUGUUUUCAAUAUUGUUAGACUCCUAGAACAAAGACAAUGUCAUUAUUUUUGUUACAUAGAAUAAAACACGUGAAUGUUGAGAGUGA